AUGAUCAACAACGAACAGCGUUUUGCUUUGCACACCAUAUCCAAUUCGACGAAUUUAACAUUCGAUCGAUAUGCCUAUUCACGGUACAAGUACGGCGAUAGCAUUCAAGCAGAAAAGUUCGGUGAUGAACUCUUUACUGGCUUUCUUGAUAAAUAUCGCGAUUUUCUUCUUUCGUUAAAUCAACAACUUGUCGCCAUGUCAUCACCACGUGGAGUUAUUCCACCAGCUGUGUAUUACAUUUUUCAAACGUUCUUUAAAAAGCUUAACCGAUUUCUUCAGUCGAAUGGACGAGAACCUGCGGUAGAACAUACGAUUCAUCGAAUUGGAACAAUUGCUGAAGAUUAUUCCAUAUUAUCCAAGCGCGAACGACUUGAUCGUCUAAUUGAUGAGCGCUAUUCUAUAGAUCGUCAUGCGCUAACAAAUAAAUUCCUGUUAUUUGUCGAUGAUAUUCGUAUUACAGGUAAGGCAGAUUAUCCUAUCCAAGUUGUAGGAUAUAUUUUCACGCCCCGAUCAUUCUUCCUCUUCACAGGUAUCCACGAAAUGAAUAUAAUUCGUUUAUUACAAACAUCAAAUAUUCAUAAUUCACGAUUAUUUAUUUAUUAUGCACAAUUAAUUAAUGAUCAAAUACCGACAUCAUUCGAAUAUGAACUGAAUCGCUGUGCAAUCUAUAAUCUUGAUCAAUUGUUAAAAAUAAUUCACAAUCCAUUGACAACAUUUCAGAUCAAUACGCGGAUAUUGAAAGAAAUCCUCCGGUCUAAUUCGUCUGAACUGGAUCACUUCUUACAAUCAAUUAGUACUGAUCUCAUGUCACAACUUUAUCAUGCGUGUUUUGCUUGUAAUUAUCAAACGAUUGAAAUCUUUGCUGAUACUUUAGAAUAUUUACAUCGUUGUCUAGAACAACGACAGAAUGCAAAGUAA